AAUCAUACGCGUGUGUUUCUUGUUUGCUUGCUUAUUCUCAUCAUACAGCACUAGGUUACUCAAUCUGUGUUUACUCCGGAGGUGGGACGUAAUGGCCGGAUGCAAGUCAGCUUCCAGAAGCCUGCUGGCUACGAUUGUUGUGCUUGUCUUGUUAGUGCAUGUGGGGGCUUCAGUCUAUGACAAGAAACGCGGCCUGAAGACAUAUGGGCUCUCAGACGAGCAAAUCAAGGAGUACAUGAAGGACCAUGACCCUCACCACAUUAUCAAUAAGCACAAGAAUAAGGAAAGCCUCAAGGAGCAUCCGGAGGUGAAGCGCUUCCUGGAAUGGCGGCAGAUGCACAAGGAUGGGCACCCCGACGCCGGUGUUGCCUUUGCGGGCAAGAUCCCCCACGACUUCGUCCCCCACAUGGUCGAGCACCCCAACAUGCCGAAGAAGGAUGAGCUGUGAGCGCCGGGCUGUUCACAUCCAUGACAUGACGGAGCUUACACACAGCCCCUGAUGUGUCUUCCUAUGUCUUCCGACUGAGUGACAUUUUUGCCGUGUACAUACAUUCAUACAUUUUCGUGAGCUAAGCUUCGAUUGCAAACUGCGUGCUGAGGUUUGGCAGGUCGGUCACGUCGGUGAAGUAAGUGUGCUGCGUGCGAUUGCCGGGGCGUGAAACCUCUCAACACUUUCCUUACACCGCCGUGUAUGGCGGGUACGUGUAACA